AUGUUGGCACAGGUCGCUUCUUCAUACUUGAGCAUCCGGAACAGUUGGGACGCGUUGCCUCCGGUCCAUGACUUGGUGCAGACUUCCGGUGCCUUGCAUCAAUGCUUCUUUGGAGCGGAGACUGCUAAACCGACACGCUUUGCGAGCAAUUUGCCGGCGGCACAGGUCUUCGGUGUGCACUGGCACACCCUUCAGGAAGAUGGCACAUAUGCAGGUCCUUUGGAGCGCUGCCCGCAUGCGCACACAUCUCACUUGAUCGGCUGGGAGGAAGGUUGGCGCUCUUCGCAUUCAGCGGCAUAUCCGCCUGCGCUUUGCAAAUACUUGGCUUUCUUGAUUUUCAGUGCGGUACCAAGUCUUGAUGCAACAGUGGCAGCUCCCGCGGCCCAGUCACUCGACAUCCCGCACCCUGCGGAAGCUUUCGCCUUGACGAUUGCCGGUUGCCCCACUGCUGCUGAGGUUCUCAUUCUCUUUGAUCUUCUUCCAAAGACGCGCCCUCAUGCAAAAGCCGGCCUGGCGCCGGGCUCUGCUUUCUUCGCUGGUGCCGUCAAAGGAGACGCUGGCGUGCAUCCGCGCCCCACGACACGUCAGUUUCCCAUGGCCGUGCAGAAACUUUGCCAAUUCAUCCAGGCCGCUGAUGCUGCUCACCCCUUUGCAGCUUUUGUCAUUCUUCGCAAUGUGCAUAGUGCUCUUCACCGGGAUCACAACAAUUCCAGCUUGCCUAAUUUGCUCGUACCCAUCACCGCCUUUGAGGGCGACGGUGUGUGGAUUGAAGAUGCUGCAAGUCACGAGUUCCGUUGGCAUCAGGGCACAUUGGUUGCUGGCACGGCGCAUAGCUUUGCAGAUGGUCCCAUUUACCUUCGCGCACGGGAUCUUUUGCAUGAGACCAUGCCAUGGACAGGUGACCGUGCAAUUGUUUUGGAUAGGCCUAAGGAUGCAGUAGGCAGCACGGUGCUUGAGAGUUUUGAUCCAGGGACGAGUCGUGCUUUUGGCCAGCCGAUGAUCUGUCGCUACGAGAUGGGCAAGAAAGAGUUUACGGAUGGCUUCGGAUUGUGUUCCCCAGGCCGAUGGGCACCGGAGGCCAGAGAGAUGCUGGCAUCGCCCGAAGAGGCAGGGCAUGCAAAAACGAUUCGUGAAAUCUUGAAGGACUUCGUGUGUGAUGAGAUCAAGGACUUGAGGGCAAGUGCUUUCAAGCUGGCCACUGGCAAGUUGGAACAGUCGCCUUUCUGUGCAGCGGCUUUGGAGCGCGUUCGGAAGGAGAUUGCAGCUGUGCUUGGAGGCUCGCCGGACAUUCUUGAA